AGCCGCCCGAGCCGCCGGCGCCUCCGAGCCGCUGGUCGGCCAUCGCGACGGUCCUCUCGUUGCAGAGCUCGGCCGAGAGCGCGCCCGCCGAGGCGGGGCAGGCCGAGGCGUGGCAGCGCUUCCUCGACGGCGCGACGCCGGUCAUCUUGCGGCUCCUGGUGGUGUAG